AUGCGUUCAUUCAAAUUCAUGCAGGUAAUCUUCAAGUCCCAGAUAGUUGAUCGCAUCCCUCAACAUAUUCAAGGCAACGUUGGGGAAAUCCUUUCUCGGAGGGAUCAGAGAGGUAUGAAACAAGAACUUGCUGUUGAACUUGAGCUGAUGCAGAUUAUGGACCGCAAUGUGGAAGAUUUAUCUGGUGGAGAGCUUCAGAUGUUUUCAAUAGCUUCGUAUGCUGUACGGAAUGUAGAUAUCUAUAUCUUCGACAAGCCAUCAACUUAUCUUGAUGUUAAACAAAGAGUAAAAGCUGCCCAAGUUGUCAGAUCCUUGGCUCGACCGAAUAACUAUGUGAUUGUGGUAGAGCAUGACCUUAGCGUGCUUGAUUAUUUGUCGGACUUGAUAUGCUGGUUUUAUGGGAAACCUGGUGUGUAUGGGGUAGUUACUCUUCCGUUCUCUGCGAGAGAAGGAAUUAAUAUUUUCCUGACUGGAUUUGUGCCAAUUGAUAAUCAUAGGUUUAGAGAUGAAUCUCUUACAUUUAAGGUUGCAGAGACUCCACAAGAAAUUGCUGAGGAAAUCGAAACAUGUGCGAGAUACAAGUAUCCAACCAUGACUAAGACUCAUGGAAACUUCAGGCUCAAAGUUGUUGAGGGGGAAUUCACCGAUUCACAGAUUAUUGUGCUGCUCGGAGAAAAUGGGACAGGAAAGACAACCUUCCUAGAGAUGCUGGUACAUUUGUUGCUGGUCUUUUGGAUAGAAGGAUCCGAUGUGGAAAUUCCUAAGUUCAAUGUCUCUUACAAGCCACAGAAAGUCGAUAACAGAUAUAACUGUAGCGUGAGAGCGAUGUUGAAUGGUCAUAUACGCCAUUCAAUUAGGAAUCCUCAUUUUGUAAACGAUGUGUUUAAGCCUCUGAUGACUGGAAACAUUUUGGAUAAAGUGGUUAUGAAUCUUUCCGGUGGAGAAUUUCAGAAGGUUGCUCUCACUCUCUGUCUUGGAAGGCCAGCUGAUGUGUAUUUGAUAGAUGAACCAAGUGCAUUUCUCGACGCAGAGCAGCGCAUCGUUGCUUCAACCGCCAUAAGGAGAUUCAUGCUUCACGAGAAGAAGACUGUGUUUGUUGUGGAGCAUGAUUUCACCGUGGCGACAUACCUUGCUGAUAGGGUGAUCGUGCACGAGGGAAAGCCAUCCGUUGAUUGCGUUGCCAAUCCACCUCAAUCACUAUUGACCGGAAUGAACCUCUUCUUAUCUCAUCUUGAUAUCACACUCAGAAGGGACCCCGCAAAUUUCCAGCCUAGAAUCAACAAACACGACUCGAUCGAGGAUCGGGAGCAGAAGUACUAUGGAUGUUACUAUUAUUUGGAUGACUAAUAUGCUCCACAGUGGUUUGAUUCAGCCUUCGAAUCCCUGUUGUGAAGUUUCAUUUUGAGCCAUCACCGAUGCAGGUUGCCGGUAGCUUGGACUCGUCCUACACAAACCAACUUCCGUAUACAUCAUUGACCGAUAUGCUUAGAUAACUUACAUUUAGAUUGAGGAUCUUUUUAAUGAAAUUUGAGGUUUAUCAUAAUUCUUAAGAGGACCUUUUUUCAUUGUGCAUUUAAGUUUGUUUAGGAAGUUAGAAUGAAAAUGGAAGUGAAU